AUGGCAAACUACAUGCUUUACGGAUCUACGGUUUCUGAAAAUGUCUUAAAGUCAUAUCCAUCUGAUCUACUAGCCACCUUUGUUAGAUCACUCUACAUAGUAGUCAUGGGCGUCUCCUAUCCGCUACAGAUGGCUCCUGCACGGACAUAUUUUCUAAACAUGAUUGGAAUUACACGACAAACUAAGAAGUAUAAGAUGAUACACUUUAUUGCAACUACCCUUCUAGUCCUAUCAACUUAUCUCAUAGCGAUUUCAGGUGUCCAUCUAGGAAUUGUAUAUUCCAUAGUAGGUGCCACGGCCUCUUGUUUUAUGUGUCUAAUACUUCCAGCACUGUUUUACUUUAACUUAGACAUUGAAAAGACAUUGUCACUUAUGGUAGCUGCCUAUUUUUCGUUCCUCCUUGGAAUUUUUAUAUUCACAACAACAAUAUUCGCAAUAGUUUACAACGAAAUAAAGUAG